AAGCUUCCCACAAGGUCAAUUUAUGAAGAGCUGUAUUCCAUGGAUUUUGAAAACUUCACCAUUUUUCUUCAAACGACAAAUGAUUUGUUUGUUCACUGUACUUUGGGAUUAACGGGAAACGAUAUUCGUGAAGAUGAUGACUGCCGGUACCAUUUUACACGUUCACAGUUUAGUCCAAAGACUGAGUUCCCUAUUGUCAGUUCCUGUUUUACUUUCAAUUCCAUGAUAGGAAAGCCUAACACCAGCUCACAAACAGCAAAUUCCGGGGCUUAUUUAGAAUUUACAUUGAACCUUGACCCAACGAGACAUCCGCCAUUUAUCAAUAAAACUAAAGCACAAAUCUCAUUUCACAAUUCUCGACAGUUAAUAGAUCCCUACGAGCAAGGAUUUUCAAUGGAGCUGGGGAAAAAGUAUACUUUUCGCUUGAAAAAAAUCGAAAAGAAUCUGCUUCCUUAUCCAUACGACACAAAUUGCAUUGAUUACUUAGAAAAAUGGAAAGCAAGAGGAGGUCAUGGACCUACAAAUGAAAGAGAGUGCAUUCAGGAAUGUUAUACAAAUAUUACUUUGACUGCCUAUGGACUAUCACAAAGCAAAAAAGGAUUCAACCUUAAACAGACAAUAACACCAGAAAUGUCAAAAGAAAUUUCUGAAUGUCAGAUUCAAAACUGUGGACCGGCCUGCUUUGACGUGUUCUACGAAGUUUCUAGGGAUGUUUCUGAAAUUCGUAAAGGGAGAUGUAACACUGAAGAAGCAAUCACUGAACUUUCACUAUGGAUUGAAAUUUCUAUUGACCUGAGUAACUUGGAAAUAACUACAUAUGACACCAGUCCUAAAUUUGAAAGCAUUGAGCAUUUUGGUAGCAUUGGAGGCUAUGUUGGAAUGUGGCUGGGUAUAUCAUUAGUUGCAGUUUUCGAUUUCUUGAGUACAGCGCUUGCUUUGCUGAAAUUUCCUUUUCGAAAUUUUACUAUUAAAAAGACCAGAGUACUCAGCAUAAAUCAUCAAGAAAGUAACAAGAAUGUUGAAAAGAGAGAAAACAAAUUUUGGUCCAAUUAUUUGACGAAUGCCUUUCGGGAUUCGAUGCUGAGUGGCGUUCCACAGAUUCUUAUGGCUGAGAGUAAAAUCAAGAAAUACGCUCUUUUAUUGGUCUUUUUGUCUUGUUUAGCGGGAUAUACUUAUCAAUCUUCUGAAUUCCUGAAACUGUUUUGGAAGUAUGAAACUGUUGUUGAUAUACAACUAACUAACAGUAAAGUGACGGAAUUACCUUCAAUCACUAUUUGUAAUUAUGAUGGAUCAAAUAUAUCGAAAAUAUGUGAGGAGAUUAAACCAGAUUGGUGCACGCCAUUAUGGGAAGAAUAUCGAGAUCCAUUUGAGGCAUGUAAAUGCUUACCAGAGCGUAUUUGCGAAAAUGACACUUUGAUAGAUAAAAUGGUUAGUAAAUAUAAAUUCCUUUUCCGAUUGAAUUCUGCAUCAGGAUUGCAUGAAAUCAUUGCAGUUGAUUUCUCUUCCAACUUCGACCUGUCAUACUUCAAGAAGUCAAGUGUUUCCACACCAACUGACUCUGGUUUAUUGAGUGGCUGUUGGACUUUGAAUAGACCAAAUGCAAAGCCAAGUGUAGUGACUUCGAGUGGGACUAUAGUUCUCAAUAUAUCCAUUGAUGAAAGGGAAUAUAUGUAUUUUCAUCAUCCUCCUGAAGGGUUAAUAUCCAUUCACAAUCCGUACCGCAUUGUCAAUCCUCACAUUGAAGGCUUCACUUUAUCUUUGAAAACACAACGACAUACUUUUCAUUUAAAGAAGGUGGUGAAGAAACUUCUUCCAUAUCCAUAUGACACUAAUUGCAUUGAUUACAUAUCCAGGUGGAAAGAAAGAGGAGGCAGGGGACCAAUGAAUAAUGCAGAAUGCUAUAAUGAAUGCCAAUUAAAUAUUAGCUUAAAAGAAGUUGGUUGCCUUCAUAGUAAGAUGAGACGAUAUUCAAUGGAAAGCGCUAUUUGCCCUCAUGGUUCUUUUUUUGCUGAUGACUAUCCUGACUAUUUGCAAGAUGAAAAGAAGGAAGAUAAAGCAUUUUAUACGACCGAAUUCAAUCAAAAAAUUGAAGAGUGUGCGAAAAAGAACUGUGGACCUGCUUGUUACGAAGAAUCCUACCAAGUAAUUAAAGAUGUUGAUGAUGUGCAAAACGAGGGCCAAUGCAAUAAACAUUCCAAAGAUAACAAGCAGGACAACAAAGCAAACUUAAUUCAUAAUAUAACUGUGAUUGUUAAUUUGAAUGAGAUGCCGACUACAACAUAUAGCUUAUAUUCAUGA